AAGUACGCAUAUCGAACAGUACUGCGAGGGGAUUCCGUUCUGGAAGACAUCGGUUUUUUUCUUAGCUGUUACCGGAUGGACGCUAUUCGUGAUCGUUGGAGCCUGCUUCACGCAUAUGAUGUGUAAGAAAUGCCACGAGUUUAAGAAAUGGAAGUUUAUAGAGCACGACAUCGAAGCUGGCGAACGCUUUACACAACAAGGAAGAGACGACAAAGAAAACGAACCAGGAAUGAUUUCCAUAACACACAAUGAGUUAAAGCUCUACCACGAUCUCUCUGAACGAAGACAGAUUAUCAAGCAUGCCACUUCUGAAGCUGAGUACAUGGAGUUGAGUAGUGGCAUGAUUUAUGAAGUGAAUGUCGCUAUCGAGGGAAAAAAGAGAGAGGACAGGCGCGCGGCUGAGAGACGAGCAGUAAUCAGRCGACAUUCUUCAAUGAUACGACGACCUUCUCUUCUUGAUGAAAUUCAAUUUGCUAGAGAGGUCAUCAUGGAUGAUGCAUCUUAUCAAAAUCUCGAGAGAAAGAGAUUGGAAAAUCGUAAGUUAAUCCAGAGAAAAUCAUCAGCUGAUAUCGGAAGAUUUAGCGAGGACACACUCAGUUAUGCAGCUAGUAUUCUUUACCAAGAAAGACAACGUCACAAAAUGUCGUCUGAGRAAACACGAUCGUACAAAGAGGACAGCACAAUGUCAAUAGAACGAAGUGGAUCUCCCUGGCGUUUGGACGAGGAUCWGUCUGACAGAUCAGCUGUAAUUGAACCAUCACGCAGAGUGAGAGAAUUUGACGAAGACGCUGCAUUCCGACGUCAAUUUGUCGCAUCACAUCAGCACGGUGUUGCAGGCCACCGCAUGUCGUUUACUGAUGAUGACAUCAUCAUGAACUAUGACGUCAUUACUCCUGAAAGAAGAAGUAGGGGAGAAAGCUUCGAAUCAAGAUCUGAUCAGUAUCUGAGCAAUGUUGGCGUCAAAGCGAGCGGAUCUUGGUACUCUAUCUAA